AUGAGCAGGCAAAGCAAGCCCUGGCCAUCUUCCGUGAACUGCGGGAUGCGGAGGGCGAGGAGUAUGCCAAGAGCAUCCUGGACCAGAUGUAUGGCACAUCAAGGGGAGGUGUUGCACCAGCGUCAGGUGCCCCUAUGCCUGCCUACGAGACUUCGAUGCCGGCGGCAGCAGCUGCACCUUCUGCGGCCGUGGCAGUGUCAGCUGGUCCUACGCGGGACAGCAUUCCUCAGAGACAACUA